ACUGUUGAGCGAAAUGAGUGAAAUUGAUUGGAAGCCAGACCCUUCCUUAGAGGAUAAUGAUGAUGACCACCGGGCGUCGAAAAAGCAGAAAAAGAAGGCGGAAAGUAGAUGUGUUUCGACUAGGAGGUACACUAGAGUCCCCUUCAAAAUAAUCGCUGCUUUAGCAACUGUCUACGUAAGCAUUUUGUCUUCAGAGCGGUACUUCUAUUACUGGGUGCAGACCUCCAUAGAACGGACCGAUAUGCAUGUGUCCGAGAUCGAUUUUCCAGCAGUGACCAUUAUCCCGAUAAACUUUACCAGUGUAAAUAUUUCAAAGAAAUCGCAACGGUUCUCCAAGGCCUAUAACUUGAUCCAGUCCGUGAUCUGGCAGACUCCAAUGUCAGCCCGUUUGAUGGAGGAGAAUUUCACGGAGUUUUCCGACUACGAUAACUGGAACUUUCAGACCUGGGGAAUCCUUGAGUCCUGGCAGUUUAAUUGCAAGCACUUUUUCACCGAGUGCCAAUGGCGUCGCAAGCCAAUGAACUGCUGUGAGAUUUUCCGGCCUGGAAGGACCUUCAAUGGGUUUGCCUUUGAGUUCAAUUCGAAUCUCUCCUCGGGAAGGGACGAAACCUGGCCUUGGUCAGUGGCUGCCAGCGGCGCCUAUAGCGGUUUAAAUGUGAAGAUUAAAAGGCAGUACACCCAGUUUACAAUAAACACACUGGGGGUUAUAGUACACGAACCAACUCAGUAUCUGGGCGUGAGUAUUGACUAUUCCUCGGAGGACCGUAUCGUGAUUCCCGUAGAACCACUUCGUUUUACCGCCGAAAUAGAUGUCCGGGCCCGUCCGGUUAAUAUGCGUCGCUGUUUUUUCGAGAACGAAGUCAUACUGUUAAAUCAAUCCCGUUCAGAAUGCAUCUACAAGUGCCACAUUAACUAUAUCUUUAUCAAGUGCAACUGCUCUUUAGAGUUACCAGAAGGUUACACGUUUAAUAAUGAAAAUAUUACCGAUGCCAAGGGAAGCAGCGGUCGAAGGAUUUGCGGUGUUAAGGAUCUAUACUGCUUUAAUAAGCAUAAACUUUCCCUGUUUUCCAUGAGCAACAUCAUCGAAGAGUCCCGGGAUAAUGUAUUUACCACCGUUGAUUGCGGAUGUUUUCCCCAGUGUGAUCAUACCCAGUACCAUACCUCAACUUAUACCGAAAGAUUAAGCACCCCCACCGCCCAUGAUGAGGAAAUUGAGAUAGAUGUGUAUUUUCAGGAGGAGACCCUGUUUUCCUAUCGCUCUAUGCUGCGUUUCACUCUCAUCGAUCUAAUGGUUUCCUAUGGAGGAAUAGCAGGUCUGAUCAUGGGCAUAUCGGUUCUGGGAUUUUUCAAUAACUUCUUGGAUCACUUUGCCUGUUGCCGUCUACCCCAUAACUCCUAACUUGAAACUAUGAUAUCCCUACCUUUCGCAGCUGCGUUCUCACGUUUUCAUACUUACCUGUAAUCGAAUCACACACAA